AUGGCCGAGAGGACGGCGCCCAGCGAGUACCAGGCCGUGGUGCCGGACGCCGCCGCGGAGGACGCCGCGGACGCCGCCGCCGUCGACGCGACGACGAAGCUCCCGGCCGACGAGGCGUCGACACCCUUCGGCUGGUGGGUCGCCCAGGUGUCCUUCUUCGCGAGCGGCUUUUUCGUCACAUUAAACCAAUACGAGUCGGACUGGGGCGCGAACGCGUCGCGGUCCAUGCUCAACGGCCUGUCGCAGUACGGCGGCAUGGCCUUCUUCGCCUGGCUCCUGAUCCACGGCCUGGGCCGCCGGCGGCGGAACACGCCCUGGUGGCCCCUGCCGCUGCUCAGGGACCCGAGGGCGCGUCGCGCGGCCGCGAGCAUGGCGCUCCCCGACCUCGCGGCCGUGCCGCUCAGCGUCCCGCGGCCGUGA